CACUCCACACACACACGUACCAAAAAUAACUAAUAACAUUACAUUGUAUUGUGCAUACGGUUCAUUAGCAUCAUUAUACGUAUUAUCCUUUGUAUUAAUACUAUUGAAAUACUAGUACAAACGUAGAAAGUACACGACAGAAACAGAACAGAAAACCUCCUCCUAGCUUAGGAAAGCAACACAUUUCAUUUCACUUGCAAUUUCCUGCAAAACUUUAUUCAGUUUUAUUCUAUCUCUCAUUAUUCAUCUCUCAUCUCAUUAUUUUCCAAUAAUUAUAAUAAUACUAAUAAUAAAAAUCCAUUUAUGUAGACUCUAUUCUACUCUAUCUACAACACCAUUUCACUUUCUCAACUCAUCUUGGUUUCCUAACCCAAAAAACUUUCAGAUUUGAAUCACACCAACAAACACAAUAGCAUUAGUUCUUCAACUCCAAAUUCAAACUUCAAACUCCAAACUCCAAAAGUACUAUUAUUUUUUCAUUGUUAACAUUUUCUUUUCUUCUUCUUCCAUUCACAACUUCUUAUAUGUUAUCAUGUCUCAAAAGUACUUACACCAACUACUAGAGGAAGAUCAAGAACCAUUCCUUCUCAAAAACUACAUUUCCGAUAGACGUAACCAAUUGAAAAUCACAACCAUCAAUAAAAUUCAAAACUCUAACUCAACUUUCAAUUUCAACAUAAAUCCCUGUAAAAACAACGCUUCUUGUUUUUUCUCAUUCCCCGAAACACCAGACUUCAGAAAAUCGCCGCUGUUCGAAUUAACAUCGCCGGUUAAAAGCCCCUGCAAAUCUUCACGAACCGCAGCACUUCUUCUAGAAGCGGCUCUCAGGAUCCAGAAACAUUCAUCAUCAUUGUCUUCUUCAUCUUCAUCUUCAUCUUCAAAUCACAAAACAAAAACCAAAGGUUUCGGUCUAUUUGGAUCUUUAUUCAAAAGAAUUAAGCAAAGAAACCAGAACCGAAAGCGUGAAAUAGAGACUAAAAAUGUGUUUGUCAAGGAUAUACUGAGUAGCAAAAAAUUUGAAUCUCAGAAGAUAAACAAAGGUAAACCAUUGGAAACCGAAACUUCUUGCAGCGGUUACUCUGAAAGGAUCAUUCACGAAGGCUGCACUUGUUAUCAAAGUUCUUUCUCGGAGAGUCCUUUUCGGUUUGUUCUUCAAACGAGUUCUUGCUCCGGCAGCCACACGCCGGAGUUAGCCUCGCCGAGUCGUCACAUAACAGAGGACAAAGGAAGUAAGGUAGAAGCUAAGAGUAUCAAUCAAUUUCAAUCUGGGGAAGAAGAGGAAGAAGAUAAGGAACAAUGUAGUCCGGUCUGUGUUUUAGACCCACCGUUCGAGGACGAUGAGGAAGGACAUAUAAAUGACGAUGAUGAUGAAGAUGGUGGUGGCUUUGAUUUGGAGAGAAGCUAUGCCAGAGCAAGGCAGCAGAUAUUGUACAACCUUCGCCGAUUUGAGAAACUCGCAGGAUUGGACCCGUUAGAACUCGAGAAGAGAAUGAUGGAAGACGAAGAGGAUGUGGAUGAAACAUAUAUGGAAGAGGAUGAUGUUGAAGAUGAGGAAAGUGAAGUAUCAUGUAAAGAAAAUGAUUUCAAAGAGUUGGUUUUUGAAGCUGUCUAUCUGUCAAUGGUCCAUGACAGACAGCAAAUGCCACAACAGUUUAAGAAACUAAUUCAUGAUCUCAUUGUGGAAGAAGAGAGAGAAUUCAUCUCUCUAGAAGAUAGGGACAUGGUGAUAACUAGGAUAUGCAAGAGGGUGGAAUCUUGGAAAGAAGUGGAGUCAAACACAAUUGAUAUGAUGAUAGAAGAGGAUUUCUCUAUAGAGGAUGGAGGGUGGAAGAAAAAUGUUGAGCAGAUAAGGAAUAUGGCCGGUGAGCUUGAGUUUGAUAUCUUUAGCAUUUUGGUGGAGGAAUUUUCAGAGGAAUUAGUAUGUUAGUAAUUUGGGUAAAUUUUGAAACAAUGUAUGAAUGGAUUAUCUUUAUUCUUUUUCUUAGAGAAUAGUAUAGUCUAACAUGGAAUGUACUGGGUUUAGGCUAGUUAGAAAGAGAGAAAAAAAAAGUGACCCAAGAAUAUAAUUUGGGUUUAUGUACAUGGUCACUCAUGCUUGUAGCUAGAUGUGAAGGAAGCUUUAAGUCUCAUUUGCUUAAGUAUUAUAAUUUUGAUACUCUUUGACCA